UGAAACUCUGCGAGUAAGUAAAUUUUACCGCGCGUAAAAUUCUGAUAUCUCCAUCGACUAUACUCAUGCAAAUUGAACGUAAAUUGAAGCAAACUUAAUGCAGCCGCUGCAGAGGAAGGCACACUGAAUUCAUAUUGACGAGUUCAUGGCUACGAUAGCAUAUCGUAAUUGGUCACAAAAGCGAUAAUCGAAAAAACAAAAAUAAACCAACUCCAACAACAACAAACGUCGAAUAUAUGUACGCAAAAACCGAACUAUUAUAGAUAGAAAAGCAAUUUUUUUCGCAAAAAUAAAAAUAAAACAGUGAAGAGAAGCCAUAAAAUUUAUAAGUAAAUAAAGCUUACAAAAUUCAACAUAACAAAUAAUAGAAACAGAAAAGAGAACUCUUCAACGAGCACUUUUCCUGCUGUCGCGUUUCGAUACGUGCCGUGGUGCAAAUGUAUAAGUGCUUGUAGAACAGCAUCUUGUAAGCAGUAAAUAUAGUAUAUAUACUGUGUUCACAUAUAUACACACGUAUGCGCAUCGUGAUCAGCGCGUCCUUACCGAACUCGCAGCAAUUCAACUAGUGGCCUUGCUCCGUUGUACUCGCACAACGCUCAUCCUUUCACAACGUUUAAGUCACAAACUAUCAAUCGACAUUGCUUUUGUAUGAAAACCACAAAUCGAAUACAGUCCAUAGCAGGCAGUUACAUACAUAUAUUUURUGUGUUUGAUAUGCAUACAUGGGUACAUAUGUACAUAUAUUGACAGCAAGCGUGUGGAAAAAACAAUAUUGUAUUAAAAAAGUUUAUCAUAUUUUUCAUGGUUUCACUUGCUUACUGUCCAUUUUAUCUGCUUUUCCUCUUGUGCGGCUUAAUUCGUGUACAUUUUUAUACACCUAACCACAUGCAUAUACACAUAUGGAUGAAUGUACCUGAACAAACAAUUGAAAACGAAUAAAAAAAAACAAAAAAAAAAAACUAAUUAAACUUUUUAACUCACCCAUGAAUAAAAAUCUUUGACACAUCUACAACAACAAACAACUGCUACGCAUAAAUAACUUUCAAAAAUCGAAAUUUUGAAUUUGCGCACGACCGACAACUACACACUAAUUAAAUAUUUGCAAUAAUACUUGGUACAACGCAACCCGUUGACGGAUUUGGGCGCCUCUCAUACGUCGACCUCGCUAUGGAACACAUUUAAUGGCAUAUAUGAUGCGUAAAACUUGAUUUAUGCAUCUGCCAUCGCAUUGAAUUAUGGAUUUAGCAGAUCAAAUCGAUGAUUAUAUUUGUUCAUUUGAAGGAAUUGGUGAUUUAACAAUGGACUCACUAGCAAUGUUCAUAUUUAUUUGGGCUGUAUUGGCCCUCUUCUUAGUAUGGCUGUGUAAAUUUUUAUACAAUAAAUAUGUGGUAAAUAACAACAACAAGACGCCGACAAGUCAGAGCAACAGUCGGCAGAGCAGUGUGGCGCCCGGUGCUGCCAGCACAGCGAAAACUGAGGCGAGCAAACGACUAUCCGAGCCGAGAGAAGUGAUGGCAAGCAAGGCAGAUUUUAAGGACUUAGCUGCCAAACCCGGUGGUGCUGCACGUGGUCGCGCGCCUGGUGGUGGUGCUGGGGGUGCAGCUGCUGGUGCUGGCGCACGCCGCCGCAUGGUGCGACAGGGCUCUACYGGACCAGAAAGCCGCAAAAAACGUUAUGUCCCGCCACCCUCCAACGUUGUUGGACCCGAAACAACUUCCGUUACUUGGACCAGUCAAGUGUUCCGUUGGCUUUACAGCGAUCUUGUGAUUGUCAACGAGCUGCUAACCUCUUGGGUUAUAGCCUUAAAUGAAACGCUGAAGAAAUCGAUGGAAGAGCAUGGCGUCGCAGUGGAGGUGGUGCGCGUGCUGCCCGACAGUCCACCACCCAGUUUGAACAAUAUAUUUUGUAACUGUGAUGAAACGAAUCCAUCGAAUAUGCUGAUCACAUUUGAUUGUGAUGCACAGCCGGUGCUGCAGGUGAAGACGUACCGCCAGAAGGCCGGCAAGGUUGACACCUCGCACUACAAAGUGACCAUAUCCCGCUUCCGUGCACGCAUGGCUACCGCCAUGAACUACAACACACUCAAGGGCGAGAUGAAGGUGGAUGGCUAUCCCGAUAUCCGAGUUGCCAUGAAUAGUGUGGGCGCAAUCAAGCCAAUGGAUCAAGAUGAGCAGCAGCUGCAAGGAGUCAUUAGUGACAUAAUCACCGCCACACUGCGCGACACCGUCUAUCCAGUCGACUUUUCGGUCUACGCAACUUGCCCACGGGCCGAGAUCGACCCGCUUGACAUGCCUGUAAUAUAUCCCGUCAAUUAUGAUGCGUUAGCGCCAAACUUGGAGGGCUCUAAUUUGUCAGGUAUGCAGCCCAUGAUCUCUGGUCGUCGUUUGUUGGUAAAAAUUGUGAAAGGUGAAGGGCUGGCCGAAGCCAAGGACCCCUACGUUGUGGUGGAAAUGGACGAACCUGCACAAAAGAAUCAAACCGGCGUUCGGCAGGGUGCCACGCCUUAUUGGGAUGAGCAUUUCCUAUUUGAAUUGUCUCCACAAUCAGCGGAGAUUUUAUUCGAAGUAUAUGAUCGGCCUGCUAAUGGCGUCGAAACGGCCAAAUUCCUCGGUUUGGGUUUGGUGGGCAUUGAUGAGCUGGCCGUGGGGCCUGCAUCCACACAAAUGUUGACACUGCAGCCGCGUCCGUAUGAGACGAAUCCGGUGAGUGGCACCAUCACUGUGGACUUUGUGUUCAUUGAAGGUGCCGAAAUACCCGCUGGACCCAAACCGUACAAACUGAAAGAGGCCUUGAAGAUCAGCACGCCAGUCAUUAACCAGCACAUGAAGAAUGGCGCCGGUUUGGCUGAUGCGGCUGUGCGCGCCUUGCARGAUGGCGCACUCUCCACAACCGGACAACCCAGCAAGAGCACACUAAUUAUACAUAGCGUCCAAAGGAACCAAAACAAUUCAAAYGCAUUUAAGGUUGAAGUGAACAAGGACGGCAGAAUCGAAGUUAARGAGUCGCCACAAGAAGAAGUCGACGGUGCUGUGACACAAAUUUUAGAAUCCCCAUUAAACGACAAUACGAGCGAAUCGUUGCCUACAGCCAAUACGACAGCGGAUAUCGAGCAAAUACAACAGGAAAUUUCGGUGGCGACGGACAUAACCGCCAGCCCCACAGACUCAUGUCCACCAAACGAUGUGUCGCUAGAUGAAUCGGGUGUGGCAUCAGGUAACAGCAGCGCUUUGGCUGCAUCCAGCGCCGAGUUUGGUCAACCGAAUGCCGCUUCCUCACCACAGGCCCACAAUGGCUACUCACCAUACAAUGGCAACUCGACUACAAACGGUUCACAGAAUUAUGGCUACCAAAGCAAUAGUUUGCYCCGCAACGGUGCUGCGACCAGCACASCAUUAAGCAGCGCUGAGCUGGACGAGAGAGGACGGAGUAAGAAACGAAAUUUCUUUGGAACAUUAAAAAAACGUUUAAGUCGAUCCAAAACACGCACCCAUUCGGCUGAUCGUGGCGCUUUGACGCCGUCCCACAAUAAUAACGGUACCACCCCAACAGGAACACUUAACGGUGAUUCACGUUCAUUAUCUGUCGAUCGUGCUGUAUUGUCUAAGAGCAAUUCACUUGGCUUACGCGCGGGUUCGUCACGACUUGAUCACUCAAGGCAAUCUUCAAUUUCAGAAUCGUCCGCAAUCUCAGGUUUCUCGUCAGCCAGCAAUAAAACGUACGUACAUGAAGCAUCCACGCUGGUGCUAGAGACGAUCGAGAAUGGCGUGAAGCGGCAUUUCAUUGUGCCGCUGGCAAUCGCACAACGGCCCAGGUGGCGUCGCAAAGGCACAAAACUGCACAUUUAUAAUGACCACACCUUUAUCGCCAAACACUUGAGCGGUGGCGGCUUGCAAUGCCAAGUCUGCAUGAAGUCCAUCCCGCGACGACCUGGCAAGCAGGGCUACGAAUGUCGGGACUGCAAUUUGAUCUGCCACAAACAAUGCCACAUACGCGCACCACAGGCGUGUCCGAAUCCUACAGUGCUUUCAAUGGAAUUAUCGAAACUUAAUUCUGCCGCUGCGGAUCGCAGUAUAAGGAAAUUAUGAAAGCGAACAUAAUGCACAAACAUCCACAACCAUCUAUGAUCCGUCACAAUAGCCUCGACGCAGCACAACGUAACAGCUUCGCAGAAAGAAAGAAAAACAUUCGAAGUUAUACACAAAGGUUCUGAGGAACAGGUCGAGCGGUUACAAACAUUUAACUUUUUAUUUUGCUGUUAUUUAAUGAAAUACUUCUAGCUGUUUUAAAGAAAUUUUCAAAUACUCGCACACGACUACAUAAUUGAUCAUUGCAAAAAAUUUAGACGCUAAAAUCUCAAUUACGUCGAAAAUUGAAUGCUAACUAUUUUUUGUCAUAUUUUUUACUUGUAUAUUUUUUCAUGGUAAGAUUUUUUUUUUAAGUUAUAGUCAUUAUGUUAUUGCAAUUGCAAUAUAUUAACUAGGUCUCUAUCAAAAGUUACAGUUUUUAACAAAUAUUAAUAAAUSCCCCUAUAUUUUUUAAAUUUUGUAAACCACAAAAAUUGGAAAUUUGUAAAGUUCAUAAUUUUAAUUAUUGUUUAAUUUAAACGUGCAAUAUUCACUAUCUAGUUUAAGCAAAUAAUUUCUUUAGAACUUCUUUUGUAAUUUUAAAGUUUUUAACUCUGUAAUUAAAAAAAACUUAAAUCACGAAAGCUGUACACAUUAAAAAUUAAACGAUCACAGUACGAAAACACAAAUAAAUGUUCAAAUAACGUAAUUAUUAAAGCGAAUAUGUAUCAGGAAAAAAUAAAAACUGGUGAAUUUUUAAGCGAAA